UGUCGUAUUCACCAUGCCACACAAUCACUUGUGAUGCUUCCAAAACUUUUGUGUUGUGUUGUUGUAUAGGGUACUUCACUACUAAGUCAAAGGCGACACUCUCAUAUCGUUUCACUUUUCAAAUACACAAAGGCUGAAAGCUAAGAUCAGCUUCUUUUCCCAGACUCAUCACUAUAUCUAUCUCAUCUUGAAUAUGCACAUGCCAUUUAUUUGGAAUUGUUGUCAUCACAUAACACUGCUUCUUUUUUUGUAAGGGCACUGAGUCAAAGCCAGUCAACACUCGUAUAUAUUAAAAGGCUGCAAUGUGAGUUUCUAGAUGGCAAAUCCGAAUCCUAAUGUUGCAAUCAAGAUUAAAGCAAUGUUGGAGGCAGCACAACCUCGAUUUACAGAGAAAUGUUGCAUCUACAGGGUGUCCCAUGAGAUUCGCAAAUCAAAUGAAGAUGCAUACACUCCAAAGGUUGUUUCAAUUGGUCCUUUUCACCAUGGGGAUCAAUAUUUGCUAAACAUGGAGGAGCCAAAAAGAAUAUUUUGUAGACAGUUCAUUGAAAGAUCUAUGACAAACAACUUGGAAAGUUUUGUUAGUUGUGUGCAAGAGCUCGAACCAACGGUUCGUGCUUGUUACUCAGAUAACAUCAAGCUUACUGAGGAAGAACAUGUUAUGGUGAUAUUGGUGGAUUGCUGCUUCAUAUUAGAACUUUUACUUAAGCGCUAUCAUGGGUGGAGACGAGGUGAUGCCAUUGUUCUGCCACGAAAUUUAAGGGAUCCUGUAGCAUAUGAUUUGUUGUUGCUUGAGAAUCAAGUUCCUUUCUUUGUUCUUGAGAAGCUUUAUAACCUAGCUCUUGAUUCUCCUCCAUUACUAACACUCGCUCUUCGUUAUAUUGUUCCUUAUAGUAUCAUCCUUCCUGAUAGUAUCAUUUCCGGUGAUGUUCUUAGGCUAUUAUCCAACGAUACUGGAAUAGCUCAUUUCAUAGAUCUAUCAAGAAAGUUUCUAUUAGCAUCCUCUGGCUUCUCUGGAUGCUUAAGAGAAGCAGAGUUCCCCCACAUUUAUAGUGCCACUGAGUUGAGUGAAGCAGGAGUGAAGUUUAAGGUAAACAAAAAUAGCCAAUGCAUGCUAGAUUUGGAACUUUCAGGUCAUUGUUUGAGAGUCCCAUCUAUUAGAGUGACACCCUUUACUGAAGCUAUUUUGAGAAAUUUGAUAGCUUUUGAGCAAUGCCACUGUAUGAAGGAAUCUUACCUGCUGACUAUAUAACAGCCUUGGAUUUCCUUAUCAACACAGAAAAAGAUGUAGAUUUGUUGAUUAAGAAAGGAAUCAUUGAGAAUUGGUUAGGUGAUAGCAAUGCAGUGGCUGAAAUGUUCAAUGGUCUUGCACUUCAUGUUAUAAAUCCAGAUUUUAAUGUGCAAUAUAUCCGUAUUUUCAAAGAGUUGAAUGCUUUCUGUGGCCACCCUUGCAACAAAAAAGUUGCAACUUUGAGGCGCGACUACUGCAACACUUCAUGGAAGACAGUGGCUUCAAUUGCUGGAAUUUUUCUGCUUAUUCUCACUGUUAUUCAGACAGUAUUUUCUAUCCUUCAAGUGGUACACUAGAUACUAGUGCUAGAUUAAUGUUUGUGUUGUGACUGGAUGAUUAUAAUAUGGUAGACUUGAUAUGUUUGUAUUUUGGAAGAACUAAAAUGUUUGUAAUUAUUAUUUAUUGAAGACCUCUAAAUUUGAAUAUGAUCUUUUGUUAUUG